CACAACUCAAAGUGACGUAAAUAUACUGAUCUAAUUAGCAGUGAGUGAUACAUAGUUUGCUAUUCAUAUUCUAUAUAACCGUCAUACACGCUUACAAACACACUAGCAUAGCUGUAUCAUUAGUUAGCAAGACGAACGUCACGUAUAUACUCUAUUGAACCGAUCACUGCUAGUAGAGCAUGGUUCGAGUGGAAGGCACGCAUUUCGAUACAAGAUAGAGCUAUGGCAACUAGUUUCAAACAUGGUAGAAGAUACGAAGGCAAAAGGAUAUCCAUAGUUGUUCUGGGUGCACCCGGGGUUGGCAAAUCGACGUUGGUGAAUCGAUUUGUCACGGGUAUGUAUCACGAGAAAACAUGGUCAAGUGUGGAUGAGAUACGCGAAAAAACAAUAUAUUUCGAUAGAAGAGAGAUCACUUUAGAAAUACAUGAUAUGCAAGGCGUCGACAACAAUAUGGGUGAAGCAAAUAGGGCACGAGUAUCGACUAUGGCUAAUAAUGCAGACGGUGUUGUGCUCUGUUAUGCAGUAGAUUCGUCCCAUUCCCUUAGAGUUGUUUUCGACAUAUAUAAGCUGAUUUGGGGUUUAAGAAUACCAGAUCAUGCUCCAGUAGUUUUAGCUGGAUUGCGUUCGGAUGGCGUACUCGUAGGUAAGAAGGUUGUCACACGUUUAGACGGAAUGAAGACAGUAGACACACUUGGUAUCAGUAGAGAUCACUUUCAUGAAGUUUGUUCAAGAAAGAACAAAAAUGUUACCUCGACAUUCUACUCGCUUGUACGGCAAAUACUUGCAGUGCAAAACCAAACCAUAUUAGAACACAAGAAUACUAGGGCUUCGCGUGCACCUUCGAUGGAUAGUGUGUCAGAUGCCAACUCGAUAGUCAAAAGAUCGAUAUCGGCACCUGGAGUGCAGCGUCUAGCAAAACGCUUGUCUAUGGCUCCUGGCUCACAGUCUGACCUCACAGAAAUGGACUUUGUGGCCAUCCCAGAAAUGACCGCAUCCGUCUCUGUAAAUGAUAUAGUGAAUCGCUGGAGUGUAUGUCAGGCGAACAACGGGGCUGCGAGCACGGGCGCACUAAACGCAGCAUCGGCAACUGAGAGUCUGGGAAAGAGCAAGCGGAAACAAUCGUUAUCGACGUACUCAUUCUCCUUAUCCAGCAAGGAGAAGGACAGUCCGGUGAAUGGUCGAAAUAAUAGAGCUGAGGAGAGAAAGAAGACGGCUGGAAACACAUUUGGUAGAAGAAUAUCCACGACGAGUUUACGACAUCAACACCAGGAUCACUUACAGCGUAGAUCAAGUGCUGCACUUCUCAGGACCAGUAGCUCUCAGACUAGUACCGGUCUGACACGGAACGGUUUUAAAUUAGGUGGAGAUAGCAGUUGUUCCACGAGUCUGUCAACCAACGACGGAAGCAACGGGAGUAGCGGGGUGUGUAGUCCUCUUAGUAGUGGUACCACAAGUCCAGAUCAGGGAACUCCCAGCGAUGCCUCGCCCAGAUCGCGCAAUGGCAGUUUGAACGAAAGCCCAGCAGACGUCAGCGUGAGCCCGAAUAUAGGCAAAUCCGCCAUAGAACGUCAGCUAGCAGAAAGGCAACGGGCCUUCUCGGAGAGUUCGCUUGUAUAUAACCCAGUGCGGUCAAGCCAGCGUAGAACAAAACUCCGUGAUCAAUUGCAAGACCAGAUCAGCUCUACGGACGACACCAGCGCGAGUGGGAUAGAUGAUGGUUCCUCGAAAACUGGCGAAGCAAAUAAAGUCCGUUUCUCGCGUGACUACUGGAGUUCCCGAACGGAUAACCUCUCGGCCUGUAGGCUGAGACUGACCCUCAGACACAGGCACUCUAUGAAUGACCUGGGCAAUGCGUCGAUAGAAACGAGCGAUGUAAAUAGUUUCAUCAGUGCUGAAAAAGGAACAGUACAGCCGGCUCCGAGACUGUUGACGAGAUCACCUACGGAUCUACAAGAGGCUGUGGGGAUGAUGGGAAUGGUUAUGGCCGCCGCUAGAACUAAAAGCGCCUGCACCGGCACCGAUUUGCGCGAAAACAAACAAGACUCGGGUAUAUCCGAUUGCAGUUCAGGAGCAUCCAGCGAAGCAGCUUCCCCUAAUGUGUCUAUGUCGGCUUCGGCUACAGCCUCUCACAAGAGCACCAAAUUCGCGUCCGUAACCUGCAGUGUGCCUGACUUGUCAUCUGCGGCAUCUCCGGUAAUGAAUGGCGAGAGAGAACAGUCACCCCCGGUGAUGAAAACGGUGCGAAGCUGCGCGACCCUAGGAACACCAGCGAAUGCCCCACCUCCAGUUCAAUUGCGACCAGGUGAUUCAAGUUUGGAGCUCGAGAAAAUAUCUGUACAUAACUCUCCUCCAGCGAGGCGUUCCGAUGAAGCCAUUCCGACCGUCACAUAUAGCAAAUCCAAGGUACUGAAGUCCAAAUCAUCUGAGACCAAUCUGCUUUUGAAACUUAAACAGUCUAUAUUUAAAGGAAAGUCGAAGACGCCCAAGGCAGAGAAACGUGCCACCGCUACCCAGCCUGUUGGACAAGACUGAGAUGAGAUGCAAGGACCGCUUGGAAAUUUAGACAUAGGAUGACAUGCAUGUAGUUCAGCACAUUCA